AAUUAUAACAAAACGAGUCUAUGAAGCACGCGACCCUUGAUUGCGCAACGGACUCCAUAUUCGAACCUAAAUCACAAAAUCAGAGUGGAAUUGAAUUCGCCCCCAAUUUCAAAUUGCGCUACACUUUCUUCUUCGACCAGCUGACACUGCAACCCUACUCUACUCGCCCCAGGCUCCAUUUCUUUCUAUUUGCCGGCCAAAUCAAGUUGCCAGCGCACGUACCUCGACUAAUUCCACGGGAUACCUGCAACCUCCCACCAGCAACAAGUACCAGGAGUAGGCAUAGUUGAUUGAAGCUAUUCAGCCAUGACAAGCUCUUGGCAGAGGAAGGAGCUUCCCUUUCUCAUUCUCUACGCCGUUGGAUUUUACUUUAUCAUCAUUCGUCGUUCUCUCCAAAUCUCCCGCGAUCAUUACACCAAACUUUAUGGGCUUCGACCUGGCUGGAUCUCUGAUAGACUCAAUGAUGUAUCAGAUGCUCAGUGGAGAAAUUUUCGGGGCAACUUGCCGAUUCUUACCUUGGUUUUUGGAAUCUUCGCUCUAGUGGCUACUGUAUCUAGAUCAUAUGGCCUAAAAGCAAAGGGAAUGUCAAUCGUUUGGCUUUUACUGUCUAUGGCUUAUUUGUCAUAUCUCCAUGGAGCUUGCAUUGUAUACAUCUUGUCAAUUGCUUCAGCUAAUUAUCUUUUAGUUAAGGUAUGCGGAAGGACCAAAUAUGCCUUCCUGUUGUGGAUAUUUAAUCUUACAUUUCUAAUAUGUAACCGUGUUUAUGGAGGAUAUCCAUUUUCCCUUUUGGGGCCAAAGUGGGCCUACUUGGACAAUUAUCGAGGCACAUUUAGGUGGCAUAUAUGCUUUAACUUUGUUGUCCUGCGAAUGAUUAGCUUUGGGUACGACUACCAUUGGGCAGGUCAUGAUAAUCGCUUUGACCAAGAGAAGCAUGUUCAGCGUUGCAAUAAUUGCUCAUCAGGAAAAACAUGCUACCAGCUAUUACAGGGAAGGAGUCUCAAAAACGACACAUUCUCCUUUACUAUAUAUUUGUGUUACCUGAUUUAUGCACCUCUUUAUAUUGCUGGACCAAUUAUUAGCUUCAAUGCAUUUGCUUCACAGUUGGAUACUCCUCAGAAAACAUACUCAGUACAAGAUGUAGUGUGGUAUGGACUACGCUGGAUUUUUAGCUUGAUGCUAAUGGAGACAAUGACACAUUUCUUUUAUUACAAUGCUUUCGCAAUCAGUGGAACAUGGAAAUACUUAUCUCCAUUGGACAUCUUCGUCAUUGGGUAUGGAGUUUUGAAUUUCAUGUGGCUCAAGUUUUUUCUGCUUUGGCGCUACUUCAGAUUCUGGUCACUGGUCAAUGGCAUUGAGGCUCCUGAGAAUAUGCCAAGGUGUUUAAAUAAUUGCUACAACUUGGAAAGUUUUUGGAAAAACUGGCAUGCCUCCUUUAACAAAUGGCUUGUUAGAUAUAUGUAUAUUCCUCUUGGAGGUACUCAGAGAAAACUGCUAAAUGUGUGGGUCAUCUUCACGUUUGUUGCUAUAUGGCAUGAUCUGGAGUGGAAGCUUCUUUCUUGGGCAUGGUUGACAUGCAUCUUCUUUGUACCAGAAAUGAUAGUAAAAUCGGCAGCGAAUGCUCUCAAGGUGGAGAGCUCUUUUGGCAAGUUCCUUUGCCGUGAACUUAGUGCUGUUGCUGGGGCUAUCACCAUCACUUGUCUCAUGCUUGCAUGCACCUCGACUAAUUCCACAGCAUACCUGACAUCUCCCACCAGCAACAGUACCAGGUGGCCAAUCUUGUUGGCUUUGUCAUCGGACCGUCCGGAAUCAAUUGGUUUCUUUCUAGAUUUCUUCAGAAAGAAGGACUCCCGACACUUGGUGGCAUGUUUAUUACGUUUUACGUUGGCACUAAGCUGAUGUUCCAUAUAUCUGAAGCUAAGAAAAAUGUCCGUGGUAGAUGAUACAAAGAUUUGUUCCUGUCCGACUGAGCAGAAAAACAUAGUGAUGCAAGUGAGGAAGCUUUCAAGCAAUAAUUGUAUUGUAUCACGAGGGAAUUGCUUGGUAUGUUUCAGGAUUGUUUUUGGGUCUUUGGACAGCGAGGUGACCUUUUAGCUGGGUAUUUCAGUAUCCGUCUAUUUUUAAGUUUUAUGUUCACCAGAUUGGUCAAUGUGAGCUCGCCAGGUUGCAGUUUUGUGUGGAUAACUCGGGUCUUACCACGGCAAGAAUGGGGCUAAGUGGGGUACAAAAUUUUUGGAGUUCGCUGCAAGCUUACAUUAGGUGAGCGUGUGCGCUGUUGAUCGUCUUCCAAUGAUCUAUUGUGAUAUAUUUGACAACUCGAGCCAAAGGGUAAAAGACAGAAAAUAGCAAGUUGUUUCCUUUACAGGCGUUUGUAUUAUGGUUCUUGGCUUCUUAUCAAAUGGGCCAUCUCUCGUACGGGUAUUCUAAAAUUGCUUCAAUUCAUUUCAAGCUACAGUACAGUUGUCUUUAUCUUAAA